UACUCACGGGCAGCCAGAAAUCAACUUACUCCCCUUUUGUCUAGUUUAGAAGCACCUCCUCAUUUUAAAACAUUCUCAGGCGUCUUAAAUGUGUUGUAUCUCCAGUUGCUGUCUACUGUACAAACUUUAGAGGUAUGGUGAGAUCACUGAGUGUUCCUGCUCUGGCGCUUCUAGCCUGGCUAAGCUUGUUCUCCUUAGAGCCUUUGCAAGGUGGAAAGGUGCUUGUCAUGCCAGUGGAUGGCAGCCACUGGCUGAGCAUGAAGAUCUUGGUGGAAGAAUUGUCUCGGAUGGGUCAUGAGAUGGUGGUCCUGGUUCCUGAAACCAGUUUUCUGAUUAGGGCGUCUGCCAAUUACACCACUAAGUCCUUCCGUGUGCCCUACACCAUGGCUGAGCUAAAUGCCAACUUGGACCACAUAAGGAAGAAUGCGUUUGAGAGGCCUCCACAAUUUACUGAUAUUUUUUUGAAUUUGGGGAACCUGAUCGAGUUCACAAAUAUGCAGGUGAAAGGCUGUGAAGGACUGCUAUACGACAAGCCCCUGAUGAAGAGCCUAAGAGAGACGGGAUUUGAUGUUUUGCUCACUGAUCCUUUCCUGCCAUGUGGCACUAUCCUUGCCGAUUCCUUCUCACUUCCCGCCAUUUAUUUCUUGCGUGGAAUUCCCUGUCGGCUUGAUGAGUCAGCCGCUCAGUGUCCCUCGCCUCCAUCUUUUGUCCCGCGCUUCUUCACCGGUUACUCAGAUAAGAUGACUUUCCCUCAGAGAGCAAGAAACAUGAUUAUGACAGUUUUUGAAAUGUUCCUUUGCCAUAAACUGUUUGCCAGCGCAGAUGAACUGGCCAGUAGAUAUCUGCAGAAGGACACUACAUACAAAGAGCUAUUAGGACAUGCUGCAGUUUGGCUUCUACGGUAUGACUUUACUUUUGAGUUCCCCAAACCUCAAAUGCCAAACAUGGUCCAUAUAGGGGGCAUCAACUGUGCAAAGAGGGGUCCACUGACAAAGGUAAAAUAUAUCAUUCUCAGAUAUUUUAAAUUGUGCACAAACUACAGAGCUUUAAUUGCUUUCUUUUACAAUAGUGAAAGGCACUUACUGGUAAGACUGUACAGUUUUUUUGUUUUUUUUGUUUUUUUGACUGCAAAAAAAAAAAAAAAAUGUCAAUCUAGGUUAAUGUCAAUGGCUAAAAGGGGCAUUUAGUGGUGGCUGUGAUACUUUGGGUGUAUUUUUAUUGCAGGAUUAACAGAGUCAUAUUGUGUAAAAUAUAAUUUGUAUAAUAAAAGAGAAAAGCAAGUAAAUUAAAAUGAUCUGGUUGUUAUAGUCGUAUCACAUGAGUUCAACGGCACUGCAAAUGUGUACAUUUUUAUGUUAUAAUAGUGA